AUGAUAAAGUUGGCAAAUGACAAGAUGGUGCGGUUGAGAUCAAGAGCAAAAGUUUCAUCGAAUGAUAUGAUUGAUGCAGCUACACAUGUGGAUGCGAAAACAAGUAGCAGGAAGAAGAAGAGAGCAGUAUAUGAUGAUUCAAAUGACCUUGAUACUUAUGGAUUGGUAGAUGAUGGAAACAGUUCAGGUCGACCAUUUCAAAUAAUCGAGAAGCUGCCUUGUUCUGUGGACCCCCCUAGGUAUGACGUUUUUACCCAUUCAUUGUCAGUUAGGGAUUCUGCAGUUUUGUACAAUUCGUUACUUGCAUCCAGAAGAACGUGGAUCAAAGCAGAAAUGUUCGAGUUAUAUUGGUCGAGGCAAUAUAUGAACAUCAAGGAACGUGAAAGAAUGCUGAAAGAAGGUAUUGGUCCAGAUGAUAUAGAUCAGUCUGCUGCCCGGGAGAAGAUGCAUAAAUUAUGUGAUUGUGUUAUGACUGGAGGACCUCAUACUUUACCAAUUAGGUUGUUUAUAUUGAAGAACGAUGAUAUUGAGCAGAAAUGGCAGGAAAUGCAGGAAUCGAAGAAGAAGGAAAAGGAAAUGAAAAGAAAGAAGGAUGCAGAGGAUAAGGAGAAACGGAAGGAAGAGAAGAAGAAACAGCAGUUGCUCAAGAAGGAGCUGAAGCUCAAGGAGCUUGAAGAAACUAAAAAGGAGAAGGAAAAGAGGAAGAAGUUGCAGCAAGAAGAGCAAGAAAGAAUUAAAAAAGUGAAGAAGGAAUCUAAGAAAUCUACUCAACAUAGCGGAGCCUUCGUUAAGUCGUCAAAACCGAAGGUUGGACAUUCACAGCCUGCACUGACGAAACCCCAGCAGCAGGAAAUUGAUAAUCAGAAGAUGAUUGCCAAUUUAAAUUUAAUGGCUCAGAAGGACCCUGAAUUAAAUAAAUUAAUGAUUUCGGUGGCGAAUGGAGAGGCUCCUUCUGCAGACGUCGAAAAGUUUAAGACAUUCAUUGAAAUGGCCCGUAAAAUGGAUCCUCCUCCGAAUUGGAAACCUAAGUUACUUGGUAAACCGUUGGUCAGGAAGCCCGCGACUAAGAAAGCCUCUGAAGUUGAAUCAAAAGCUACUACAGGUUUAGCCGCGCCACAGAAAAUAUCUUCCACAGAGAAAGUAACUGUAGACUCAAAUUCCCCCUUAUCUUCAAAUCCUUCUCAGAAUGGUUCACGCGGUGAAUCAAGCGCUACUGAUAAAAAUGUGAAUACUGAAGACAAUAGUGAUAACUCUGAAAGUAUUGAGUCUACUAAUAAGCCCGUAAUGAACUUAAAGUCAGCUGAUGAAGAUGUUCAAACUAGUAAAGCUCAGAAAAAGUCAAUAGCUGAUAAAAGUAUAUCUGAAACUAUGAUAAAUGAGGGACUACAGAAAGACAAUGACUUACUAAACAUAGGUGUUACUGAUUCUAACCGUGAGGAUGAAUCUAAGCUCAACGUGGCCGAAAACACGAAAGAAGAGCCAACAGUCAAAAAUAAUGAAGAAGGAGAGAUCAAUGGAAGUCAGCUAACUUCUAGUAUCUCGGAACUUCAAACAAGCAAAAAGAAUGAAUAUGGUGCUCGUGAUUCAAAAAUCCAAGAAGAUUUAGGAGGGCAAAAGUCCAUUGACAAAGACGAUCCAGUUCUGAAAACGGAAUACGCCGAUGGCUUAAAACCCAAGAGAAAAUACAAUAAAAAGAAGAAAGAGCCUGUUGAGGAGGAAGACAAGGAGAUGCAGUUAACUACUUUUCAACAGAAGUAUCUGGAAGAUGCAGAUAUAUUAUUUGAAUAUUUGGAGAAUCCCAAUAUUCGGUUCUUAUUUCCGAAGGAUGCCAUAUUUGAACAGCUAGAAGAUGAAGAAAGUUAUUUAAUGUCUUGGAUUAUAAUCCACAACAAAAGAGAGGUUGAGCAGUUCAAGGCAAGAAAAAUAAGGGAAUUCAACAAGAAUAAAAAAGGCCGAACCUCAAAAGAAGGCGAUGAAAAACUACCAGCUGAUUUUAACAUUUAUGAAGAUCCAAAGUGUCCGCCACCGCUAUAUACUCCAAUGACUGUAACGAUAUCUAACAUACCGAAAAAGUUCACACCCAUAAUAAUGAACAGUAUUAAUCCCACUGAAAAAACUCAGUCGCUUAUGUCAACAAUCAUCAAACGAGGACGGAGACUAACAGGCUAUAAUUUAUGGUUCCAGCUAGAUGCAUACGAUGACAAAGACUUGGCCGAAUCAUUACGUAGUGAAUUAAAGGAAUAUGAACAAGGUUUUAAAUCGAAAAGGCAAAAAAAACAAUUAUAA